UGUAUGGGGUCUUUAUGCAAAACUGAUUAAAGUUGCACUAUCAGUUUUCUUUCUCUGUUUUUGGAGUUAGACGCAGAUCUGUGAGAUCUAGAGGAAGAAGACGAGCAGAAUGGCAUCCAUGGCGGCAGGACCAGAUCACCUCUUUAAUCUGAGAAACAGUUUUUACCUAGGUGCGUAUCAAGCGGCGAUCAACAACAGCGAGAUCCCUAAUCUCUCGCAGGAAGAUAUCAUCGAGCGUGAUUGCCUCGUCCACCGCGCUUACAUCGCUCUUGGUAGCUACCAGCUUGUCAUCAAUGAGAUCGACGAAGCGUCGGCUACUCCUCUUCAAGCAGUGAAGCUCCUCGCUAUGUAUCUAUCGAGCCCUGAGAAUAAGGAAUCAACGAUUGCUAGCUUGAGGGAAUGGUUGGCAGAUCCAACUGCUGGAAACAAUGCUACUGUUAGGUUGAUUGCUGGUACUAUCUUCAUGCAUGAGGAAGACUAUAGCGAGGCUCUCAAGCACACUCAUUCUGGAGGAACUAUGGACCUACAUGCUUUGAAUGUCCAGAUAUUCAUAAAGAUGCACAGGUCAGAUUAUGCUGAGAAACAGCUGAGAGUGAUGCAACAGUUUGAUGAAGACCACACACUCACUCAACUCGCCAGUGCAUGGUUGAACCUGGCAGUAGGGGGUUCCAAGAUACAAGAAGCUUAUCUAAUCUUCCAGGAUUUCUCUGAGAAGUACCCAAUGACAAGCUUGAUCUUGAACAGCAAGGCGGUUUGUUGCAUGCAUAUGGGUAACUUUGAAGAAGCUGAGACUCUUCUGCUUGAAGCACUCAAUAAGGAUGCGAAAGACCCAGAAACUCUUGCAAACUUAGUUGUGUGCAGUAUUCAUGUGGUGAAACAAUCAUCAUCACGUUACCUAAGCCAGCUGAAACUGUCGCAUCCAGAGCAUGUACUUGUGAAGCGAGCAGCCUCUGCUGAAGAUAACUUCGAGAGAGCGCUUCAAUCUUUAGCCUGAAAACCCAAAAUCCAUGGUUCACUGCUAAAACAAUGCAUAAGGACUCUUUGUCUCACCUGGAGUCGUUGCUUUUAUAAUCUAUCAGAAUGAACAUCUUAUUCUUACAACCCUAUCGUGAAACUAGUGUAUGAAUGUUUUUCUUUUCAUUGGACAUGUAGCAUUUUCUUUGA